GAGUGCUGCUACCCUGCUUGGCAGUGAGACCUUCACAGGAGAUCCUUUGGCCGCUUGAGGUAGCAGGAUCCGAGCAUCUCCUUGUCACUGCGAAGGGGCGCGAUGACGCCAAGGAGUUUCAUACAGCAGGUGCUUCCGUUUUGGAGGCGCAGCAAGCCGUCGCGGAUGGUGAGGCAGAUGCUUCCGUCACGGAAAAAUCAUGGGACGACUAUUGGCUUGCGACCUCUGAAGUGUAUCCAAACUGCUCCCUGCAGACUGAAGGCAGCUUCAGCGUCGACGAGCCCCUCCACGUCAACGACUCCUGCAUCUGGCAUGCAAACGGCGUCCAGGUGACCGUCAAGCAGCCGAUGAAGUUCCACGGCAGCCUGGUGCUGCAGGGCGAGCUGCACAUCAUCGGUGCAGCGGCGCUUGACGGUUCCUGCAUGAGGGUGCUUGGGAACCUCUCCGUCCUGGGCACGCAUGUUACUUUCACUGGCUGCGAAAACACGAACUGGGACAAUGAUGAGGCCGGAAGCGGGGGCGGUGUCCAUGUUGGCGGUGACUUCCGGCUUCUCCGCUCGACGGCCGCAUUCUUCCGCUGCAAAGCAAAAGUCGGUGGCGGUGCUAACGUCAGAGGCCACUUUGAGCAGCGCAACUCCAUCGCAAACUUCGAAG